GCUCAACUGGCAGCAGGUCGCCAGCACCUCAAGCCUGCAGGGUAGGCCAGGCUGCAGGUCCAAAGUCUCCUCCAGUGCCAUCUUAAGAUAGAAUUCAGUCUCAACGUCAGGAGUGGGUUAUAAAUUAAACUUAUCCUCAUUAUUUUGAUUCUGUUUGAUACUCGGGCUUGCUGUGUUCGCCUCACUCCACUGGGAUACAGUGCGCCGCGCCAAGGAGGCUCCCUCAACCCGAUCGCCAAGGCGACAGCGGCAAAAGAGCUCCCCCCUCCAGCAAAGCCUGGAUCCGUUUUCUCGGGCUGGAGCAGCCAGCCUCCAAUUUGGGCGACCAGGCUCUGUUGCAGGGCCACCUUUUCUCCACCCGGAGAGAGCCACCGAACCGUGCGCGCGCGUAGGCAAGCUCUCGGGAGCCGAAGCCCUCUUCGUCCAAUCAGGCCUGGCUGAAGCCAGAUCUAACCGAUCAACACGGCUGCCCUCUGCAAAGAGCUGGAAGGAUUGCAAGGAGAAGAUGAGCGACCCUCUCGGAGGAGACUGACCACAGAGACUCGCUGCGGAGGGGAUGCGGCGCGCCUGAAAUUGACGCGGGGGAAUUGACAAGCCCCCCCGCCCCCCCCCAGCAGGGCGGAGGAGGCUCACCGGCGCACCCCACUCCCGCAGAUCCCCGUGCCUUUCCGCCGCCGCUUUCCCCUGGCCCACCCCAGCCGUUCAGGGCUUUGCAGAGGCCGGCCCUCCCCUCCCCUCCCCUCCCCUCCCCCCCCUUGAGCACUUGUUUUGCUGCAGAGGCCCGGGGGGGGGGGGUGCGGCUCUGCGGGGGGGGGCUGGAGAUGGACUUGGGGGCGCCGGGGGGCCGAACAGGGGGUCCCACUCGCCCAGCACCGGCUGGGCUCGACCUGCUCGCUGCCUCCGCCCGGGAGCGCAAUGCGCAAAAGCGCAAAAGCGCACGGGCGGAGCGGGGCGCUGGGCUCGGCUUGGGGGCUCUGAGGACCCCCUGAUCCCUCCCCCGCCCCCGGGAUGGGCUCCCUCCUGCGCCCGCACAGAGCCGUGCGGGGCUCCCUCCCGCUCCUGGCCCCCCGGGCCCCCCACCGCGCCGGCUCUGGCUGCGCGCCCCGCGGAGGGCGCCUGCGGGUGCUGGUGGACAUGGACGGGGUGCUGGCGGAUUUCGAAGGGGGCUUCCUCAAGAAGUUUCGGGCCACCUACCCGGAGAAGCCCUACAUCGCCCUGGAGGACCGCAGGGGCUUUUGGGUUUCCGAGCAGUACGGGCAGCUGGGGCCAGAGCUGAGCGAAAAGGCUAUCAGCAUUUGGGAGUCAAAGAACUUCUUCCUCGACCUGGAUCCUCUCCCAGGCGCUGUGGAAGCUGUGAAGCAGAUGGCUAAUUUAGAAAAGACUGACCUAUUCAUCUGUACGAGCCCUAUCAAGAAGUACCGCUAUUGCCCUAAUGAGAAGUAUGCCUGGGUGGAGAAACAUUUGGGCCAAGAAUUCCUAGAGCAGAUUGUCCUCACACGAGACAAAACGGUGGUCUCCGGGGACCUGCUGAUCGACGACAGACCCGAUAUUGUAGGAGCAGAGAACAGCCCCACCUGGGAGCACAUCCUCUUCACGGCCUGCCACAACAAGCAUCUAGAGCUCCUUCCGCCUCGAAAAAGGCUUCACUCGUGGACCGAUGACUGGAAAGCUAUCUUGGACAGCAAGCGGACCUUGUCAAACUGAGUUCCUCGAGCUGUCCCUUCUUCAAUUUGGCCCGCUGGGCUCUCUCUGUGACAUCCUCGAACCAGACAUUGGACCUCCCAGGCAGAAAACUGACAUCCAUAUCUUCAACGGAGGAAGGAACGAAAUGUGGUCCCAGAACCUAGAACUGUGCAAAAUCAAAGAGAUGUUUCACAUAAAACUGUGCAGUCCUUCCUUAUUCUUCUAGCCCACAAAUUAAAUACUUAAGAUCUGAGUUUGAUCUUGACGGAAGGUGUUGCAGGUAGCCGGCUGAAGGUUGGGUCAGCUUUCCAGCCUUCCGAGAUCAGCUUGCGGGGGGGCGGGGGGGUAAAUUGCAGAUGACUGGGAAAGAGAGCAGCAAACCUGUAAAGACAGUCUGCCUGGUAAAUGUUGUGAUCUGGCUGCACCCCAUGCAUCGGUAACAACCUGUUGCUUGCACAAGGUACAACCUUUAUCUUAUUGCAGCUGAUUAAACCACUGCAAAAGGCAUAGCAGCAAAAGACUGGUUAAAAAGUUGUCAGUCCUUGGCUGACUCUUCCAAAUAUUGCCCCGGUGCGUUUCGAAAGAACCGGGCCAGUAAUCUCCUUCCUUGCCUCGUUCUCCUAAAUUACAAAAGCAGCCACAGGAGGGCAAUAUACACAAAGAUAUUUCUUUUCAGCUCAGAAACCGGAGCUGUUUUCCGAGAAGCCCUCCAAUUUCCAGCUGAAGAGUUUCCAGGGAAAUCGGGACAGAGCAACCAUUUCUCCAGAAUCUGCUACAGCAGCGGCACAUCGUCAGACAAGCAAUCGAGCUUCCAAGAAAACAUUUGCUGCCAAACAUACUACCUAAAAGAGAGGGGGAAAGUAACGGCUCACAUUUAACGGGAUUCUAUUUAGCUGCAAGGAGAUAUGAAGAUCCCAAGAAAUCGGAUGCAGCCCCUGGGGAGAAGGGGUGAAAUAAAAUUGGAAAGGACACAUUUCUUGGCACAAAAGAAUGGGAAUCCACAACAUGCCCUCUGGUCCGAAUACAUCCUUCAACGCCCACCUGGGGCAUCACCGGGGAGACGUCCGCUCAUCUGUUCUUCCAAAGAGCAGCUCUUAGUAGCAAAUGGUUUUCCUUUAUGUACAAAACUAACUUUGGGGGUGUCGUCGUGAAGGACCGGGAAGACGACCGGUUCAAGAAUGGCAGGAUGUCAUUUUGCGGCACAAACUGUUAGCAGAAUUUAGGGUUGCCGGCUCCGGGUUAGGAAAUUCUCAGGAAGAAAUCUGGGGAGGUUGGGGUCUGGGAAAGGAAGGACUUCAAGGAGGGAAUAAUGCCCUAGGGUCUGCCCAGGAAAGUAGCCAUUUUUGGGGACCUAAUUGGUCAUAAUGCUGGGAAUGCUGGGAAUCUCAGAAGCCCACCUGGAAAUUAGCAGAACCUUAGCAGAACCCAAGCAUCCCGGUGAAGAUACACUGUAAACGUAUAUAGUCGUUGUAAGUGAAAAACUGCACUUUGGCAGGAGAAAGGGUUUGAAGGGAUUUGCUAAUUUUGCACAACAGCCAGUAAAGGUAUGCCAUUUGACAGAGGGAGAGCUACUGGGAACCCCCAAGGCCAGUGACAGCCAACCUGGUCUAGUGGUUAGAGGGUCAGGCUGGGGUCUGGGAGGUCUUGAUUUGAAUCCUUCAAUCUGCUGCAGUAGCGUGCUGGGAGACCUUGGGUUAGCCACACUCUCGGCCUAACCUGUCUCACCAUUUCUCACUGGGGAGAAAUUAAGUACAUAAAAUAAAUAAAUACAUAGAUAAAUAAAUAAGGAUCCCUGGGCAGUCUAGGACUAAGCUGGGCCCAAGAAUGGCCUUUUUCAUCUUAGCCCCUAACCACUGUUUUUCACUAUCUGUUGUGGGUCUCCCGAGCUUGUUGUGGGUUUUCUGGGUUUUCCCUGUGUUUUGCUGACUGCACCACGCCCAGAGAGAGCCUCCACAACAACCAAAAAACCUACCCUGGUCUGUUCCCCUUUCAGCUGAUCAAUACAAUUAACAGAAUCACACAGUACACCCUCUGAUAGGACUGUACCACUCUGGAGUGGUACAAUCCUACCAGAGUGGGAAACUGUCUGGCACACUCUCCCAUAUUAACAACACUCCCUGUACCUAGAAAGCUAGUUUUUCCAAGGAAAAAAGGCCGGGAACCCUUUUCUUGGACAGGGCAGAAGGUUCUCGGGCAACACAGUCCCAGUUGACUUCAAGGGACUCAGAAAGGGUCAAAUUCAGUUUAGGAUAGCAUCAACUUGUCCAAACUUACAGCUGGUGGCAGUCAGGAAGAGAUGCAAUAUUCAAUUCUGCUUUGGCACCCUGUGGGACUUUCCCCAGAAUCUUUCCCCACACAUCCGCUGCAGUUUCCAUCCCAUUAGCCCCAGGUUUGUUUCCCUCCCGCAAGCCUUAUGAAAUUUGGUUUAAAAAUCCAGGGCCUUGUUAAACAGCCUUAUUCUCCUACCAAAGAUAAUUCACAUUAAUGAAUGUCCUGCUGUCUGUGUUGUACAGCCGUUUACUUUGCAGUAGCCCCUCUUCAAAACCGGAACUUUGUUUGUCCUUCAGAUUAAAAAUCUAUAUUUAUAAACACC